GGUUUGCUGCGGGCGCCGCCGCUGUUGUUGCGGGCGGCCGAGAAGUAUCCGCGGACCCCCAAGUGCGCGCGCUGCCGCAACCACGGCGUGGUGUCCGCGCUCAAAGGCCAUAAGCGCUACUGUCGCUGGAAGGACUGUCUAUGUGCCAAGUGCACGCUCAUCGCCGAGCGCCAGCGCGUCAUGGCGGCACAGGUAGCUCUGCGCAGGCAGCAGGCGCAGGAAGAGAACGAGGCGCGUGAGCUACAGCUGCUCUAUGGCACUGCCGAGGGCCUGGCGCUGGCCGCAGCCAACGGUAUCAUCCCACCGCGGCCCGCCUACGAGGUCUUUGGCACAGUGUGCGCCGCUGACGGCGGGGGGCCCGGUGCGGGAGCGCCCGCGGGGACCGGAGGCGGCGCAGCGGGCGCAGAGGCCAAGUUGCAGAAGUUUGACCUGUUUCCCAAGACGCUGCUUCAGGCAGGCCGCCCGGGCAGCCCUCAGCCGCCGCAGGUGAAACCCUUAUCACCCGACGGCGCGGACUCGGGUCCCAGGACGUCGUCCCCGGAGGUGCGGCCCGGCUCGGGCUCGGAGAACGGCGACGGCGAGUCCUUUUCGGGGUCGCCCCUGGCCCGGGCCUCCAAGGAGGCGGGUGGCAGCUGCCCGGGCAGCGCUGGUCCCGGCGGCGGCGGCGAGGAGGACAGCCCGGGCUCCGACAGCCCUCUGGGCUCCGAAUCCGGUUCAGAGGCUGACAAAGAAGAGGCCGAGGCCGCGCCGGCGCCAGGGUUGGGCGGAGGCCAGGGUCCACGGCAGCGGACGCCGCUGGACAUCUUGACGCGCGUCUUCCCGGGCCACCGGCGGGGUGUCCUGGAGCUGGUGCUGCAGGGCUGCGGCGGCGAUGUGGUGCAGGCUAUCGAGCAGGUGCUGAACCACCACCGCGGAGGCCUGGCCACCGGGCUGGGCCCCGCCGCGCCCCCGGAUAAGGCCGCGGUGGGUGCGGCAGCAGCUGCGGACGACGCGUGGCCGGGCCGCGUCGACGCCUUCAUGGCGCCGUACUCCACCGCCGGGCUGGUGCCCACGCUCGGCUUCCGCCCGCCUAUGGACUACGCCUUCAGCGAUCUCAUGCGCGACCGCUCGGCCGCCGCCGCCGCGGCUGUGCACAAGGAGCCGACCUACGGCGGCGGCCUGUACGGGCCAAUGGUUAACGGCGCCCCUGAGAAGCAGUAG